AUGGCUACAGAGCAAGGCGUGAUGGGCGGCAUCAUCACUGGCUCCGCCUUCACCAAGCAAUUCCCCACGAUCAAUACAACUACCGGCAACGGCAACGCCACCCUGCAGGGGUUCGUCGUCGCCAUCUACAACAUCGGCUGCUGGGCGGGCGCGCUGCUGACGGUAUUCAUCGGCGAAUCCCUCGGGCGGAAACGGACCAUCAUCUUGGGCGCAACCAUCCUCACACUGGGGACAGUGAUUCAGUGCUCGUCGUAUGAGUUGGCGCAGCUGAUGAUCGGACGAAUCGUCACCGGCGCAGGCAACGGCGUCAUCACCUCGUCAAUCCCCGUAUGGCAUGCAGAGCUGGUGUCGCAUAAAUCGCGGGGGAGGUUCAUCACCACAGAGAUUUCGACCAAUGUGGGUGGAGUCGCUGUCGCAUACUGGGUCGACUACGGCUUCAGCUUCGUCCAGAACGGCGCGCAAUGGCGCUUCCCUAUCGCGCUGCAGGUUUUCUUCGCCCUGUGGACGAUUUCCUUGAUUUCAGUCCUCCCAGAGACACCUCGAUGGUUCCUCUCACGCGACCGCGCCGAGGAAGCAGUCGAAGUACUGAAACGCAUCCACCAUGGCGAAGACAUGACUGUCGUUGAAAAGGAGCGUCUCGAGAUCGUGACGGCCAUUUCGCAGGAGAGACUUGCGCAGGAACAUUUGGGUGGGAAACACCCAAUCCGGAUGGUCUUCACCAACGGCGAACAGCGCGUCUUCUACCGGACCACGCUGGGCGUGGCGGUCAUGAUCAUGCAGCAGCUCACAGGCAUCAAUCUAAUAACGUACUAUGCGCCAUACAUCUUCAUCAAGAGCGUCGGCUUCUCUCAACGCUUGUCCAGCCUCAUGUCCGGCUUCUUGAGCCUGUUCUACUACCUGACCACGCUGAUCCCGAUCUUCAUCAUCGACCGGACCGGGAGACGGCCUCUUCUGCUGAUCGGUCUCGUUGGCAUGGCGAUCGGCAUGUGCGUGCUGGCGGGGACGACAUCCGUCGUAGCCUUCACCCCCGGCGUCGUCGCAACAGUGGCCCUCUUCUGGUACGACUUCUGGUUCGGCGUCGGCUGGAUCCCUGGUCCCUGGCUGCUGGCGGCCGAGUACGCGCCGCUGAUGACGCGAUCCCAGUCGGCUGCGCUGGCGACGUCGGCGACAUGGAUCUUCACCUUCCUCGUGGCGGAGAUCACGCCGCCGGCGAUCUCGAACAUCGGGUGGAGGACGUACAUCAUCUUUGCUGUGCUGAACGUUGCCUUUAUGCCGGUGAUUUAUUUCUUCUACCCGGAGGUAGGCACCCUCCCCGUACCUAAC